CUUGUUCCUGUGGUGAUAGCCGUAGUGGUUGGAGUUUAUGUUUUAGUGUAUUACAAUUUUAUUAAAGGAUUGCGUUGCAAGAGCAGUGCUACUUUACACGGGAAGACUGUCAUUGUCACAGGGAUUGUAAAAAUGCCAGAGAAGUAUGAACAUUGAAAUAAUUUUCCUGCUGCAUUGAUGCUAUUUUGAAGAGGAGGAAUGUUUCCAUUUGAAAUGAAGCAUAGGUGACGGUGGCAACACAGGAAUUGGGAAAAUGACUGCAGUGGAUCUUGCCAGACGAGGGGCUCGGGUUAUACUGGCCUGUCGAAGCAAACAGAGAGGAGAGGCUGCAGCUUAUGAUAUUAGAAAGGAAACUGGGAAUAUGGAGGUGCUGUUUAUGCCACUGGACCUUGCCUCUCUGAAGUCUGUUAGAGCAUUUGCAAAAGCAUUUCUGAACUCUGAGCCACGGCUGGACAUUCUUGUCAAUAAUGCAGGUGUGGGAAUACAUGCUGGUGGCAGGACUUCAGAUGGUUUUAACAUGCAGUUUGGUGUAAAUCACUUGGGUCAUUUCCUCCUGACGAACUUGUUGCUGCAGCGUUUGAAAGAGUGCAGCCCAAGCCGUAUUGUGGUUGUUGCUUCAAACAUGCACAUGUUUGGGAAACUGGACUUCAAUGCUCUGAACCCAGAAAAGAAGGGUUUUAUACAACAGGUUCGAUCUUACAGUGACAGCAAACUUUGCAACAUCCUGUUUGUACGCGAGUUGGCUAAUAAACUUGAGGGAACAAAUGUGACCUGCUAUGCUGCCCAUCCAGGUUCGGUUAACACAGAAAUUAACCGUCAUUUCAAAUUCUGGCUGAAAGUAUUACUUAUCCCAGUUGCCACACUUUUUCAACGUGACGCAGAGAAUGGAGCACAGACAUCUGUUUACUGUGCCGUGCAAGAAGGCAUUGAGCGGCUGAGUGGCCGAUACUUUGUUGACUGCCAUGUGCAGGAGGUAACAGCCCAUGCCCGAGAUGAUGCAGUGGCUAGGAAGCUGUGGGAAGUUAGUGAGAGGAUGGUGGGACUUGCCACCUAGACAUCAGCUGGAUCCUGUAACAGAGUACUUCAUCUACACUGUUUCAUGAAAGCCCUUGAACGCUUUUUUUACUAAACUAUUGCUGAAAGGACAAACAGGUCUAUUGUUUCUUUGCAGUAAUUACGACUGUAUUUCAUUGACAGCAGAAACAUGAAUGAACCUCUAAACACACACAAGGUAAAGUAGAAAGAUGAGAAGAAAGAUGCCCAUUUAUGCACUGUUAAAGGUGGGUACCAGUAUGCCCCCCCUACCCUGUCUGUCCUAUCUGUGUGAAUAGUCAACAUUUUUAUAAAUGCCUUUUUCUUUUUA